UGUCCAACCCGUAGUGUAUCUGCACUAAUAAUAUUUAAUUACUCGAGUGCUUCACAAACUAACAGACCUCUCGUGCGUCAAUCAUAUUUAACAAAUAACCGCUCAUUGAUAACGUCGUAACCUCUGUUAUCGGCAUAUCCCGGAACGUCUGCGAACUAGAAGCAAUGCGGAUCUAUUAGGUAACAAUGUCCAAGCAGAUGAGUCUAGUGCAUUUAUGAUUCUAUAUAAACAAGGAGCGUCUCGAAAACAUUUCAUUACGCUGACAAUCGGACAAUUAACAAGAGCGUUAUUCGAUACUCGGUCAGACACAGAUCGCAUUACAUUAAGCGUUUUGUUAUCGUCCAUAGUGACACGUGCUUUGCCAUACGAAAGUUCGCGUGAAAAAUAAAAAUGUAUAACAGGACAAGUGCAACUCUGAUGCUCCAAACUAUAAUGGUCUUAAUGGACAAGCAGAAUUCGACCGAUGUUACCAACUUCCCGAGCUCCUUCUACGAGGAUGCAGAGAUAGAACGAUGCUACAAUGUAUACGGGUGUUUCUCGAAAGCUUAUCCUUGGACGGAGCACCGCCCUGAUAAUUACUUUCCUGCGCCGCCGGAAUCUUUGGGAGUCAGGUAUGCUGUGUUUACAAGACGAAAUAGAAAAUUACCAGUGCUUUUACAAGCUACAGAUGUAGAAAAAGUUCGAAAUGCGAAUAUAGAUCCAAGAGGACCUUUUUAUUUCAUUUCUCAUGGGUUCCUUGAUGGAGGUCAUAAGCUAUGGAUACAAAACAUGGCAGAUGCUCUUCUCAAUUUAGAAGGGAAUGAAGCGGCAACAGUCACUAUAGUGGAUUGGCGGCGUGGUUCCCAACCACCGUAUGGUCAAGCUGUAGCUAAUAUACGACUUGUGGGGGUCAUGACGGCACAUCUUAUACAUACUUUCUAUAUAGAGCUGGGCUUAUCAAACUUGAACAAUUUUCACUUUAUUGGUCAUUCCCUUGGGUCGCAUUUAGCCGGCUAUUGCGGCCAUUCCCUGCAAAAAAGAUUUAAUCUCAAACUAGGACGGAUAACGGGUCUAGACCCCGCGGCGCCAUACUUCAGUAAUACCGUCACUUUAGUACGGCUGGACAGAUCUGAUGCUGAAUAUGUCGAUAUUAUCCAUAGUAAUGCGAUGCCGCUGUACUUUUCAGGUUUUGGCAUGUCAGAACCGAUAGGCCACGUAGAUUUCUAUCCCAACGGUGGUUCUACACAACCGGGAUGUAAGGCAGAAAAUGCGGGGAACCAACGGUCGGGCGAUAUGUAUCAACAAGUUGCGAAAUUUGUUGCGUGUGACCAUGAGAGGAGUUAUGACUUCUUUACAGAGAGCAUUGCGCCGAGUUGCCCGUUUAUGGCUAUUCAGUGUAAAUCUUAUGAGGCAUUUCUAGAAGGCAACUGCACAACAUGUGACAAUAAGCACCUAUGUAUACCCGUGGGUCUUCACUCCCAAAAUGUGUAUAAGCGGCUACAAAUGGGCGGACUAGUGGAUUCCAAUUCUAAUGUCGCUCUUUACGCUUUAACUGGCAAUACGAAACCAUAUUGCAGAGUACACUACGAAGUGAAAGUGAAAGUGUCGAAUUCAACUGAAAGUAACAUCCACGGGCCCGAUGUUGGCAAAGUAUCAAUAACAUUGGUCGACAGAAAUAAUAAUAAGAGCGAUCAUAAAUUCCUGAACGAUGAGCAAAAAUAUUACCGGCCUGGCGAUACGCAUACGAAAUUAAUGGCGUUCAAGGAUACAGGUCAUCCGCCUUUAUCCGUUAUCGUGGAAUGGAAGUACGAAACCAAUAUAUUGAAUCCAAUGACAUGGAGAUUACUCAAAUCUUCAAGUCUUUAUAUUGAAUAUAUAAAAAUAUCGUCGAUUGAAUAUAAUACUGAUAUAACUGUUUGCCCGAAACAGAAGAAACCUGUGGUCGCCAACUUACCGACAUUAAUGAAAACUAAAUACUGCAUGCGAACAUAGCCUUUAUGGAAAACAAAUUUUAACUUGAGCUUUAUAAGAAAUGCAAAUUGACCCCAAAAAGUAUUGCCAUAGUAUUUCAUUUUUUAAGUUAUGUUAACUAUAUUCUUUAAAUAUAUGUCUAUGUUAUUCACAUAUUUUGUUUUAAGUAGGAAAUUAAACAAUUAUUAA